AUGCCAGUGGCCGUGGGUCCCUAUGGACAGUCUCAGCCAAGCUGCUUCAACAGCGUGAAGAUGGGCUUUGUGAUGGGUUGCACCGUGGGCAUGAUGGCUGGGGUGCUCUUUGGCACAUUUUCCUGCUUCAGGAUUGGAAUGUGGGUUCAGGAGCUGAUUGGCGGCAUUGGGAAAGCCAUGAUGCAAAGUGGCAGCACCUUUAGCAUAUACAUGGCUAUCAAGAUGGGCAUCCAAUGCUAA